AUGACCGCAGAGCCACCUCCUCCAUCGCGCUUAGCUCUCGCCAAACAAGCACAAAAAUAUCGGAUUCUGUCUUCCCUCCUUUCCCUCCUAGACCGGUAUCUCUCCUGGCCUUGGCCCUCAAAUCCUUCACUAGAGUUCUCCAUACCGUCCACUAUCAGCAAACAUCCCGGCUCAAUCGGGCUGUACUUUUUCACUGCGCCUUCCAGAGCACUCACUCCCAACACUAUCGCAACCGCUACGCAGUCUACUCAAGACUCUCAUUCUACACCACGACCAAAAAGACCCGUUCUCAUCAAUUUUCACGGCGGCGGCUUCUCCAUCGCCCAUGCGCGCGACGAUGCCCGCUGGGCUACGGCUGUCGUCCAGGCCAUCCCAGAUGCCGUGGUAGUUAGCGUUAAUUACCGGCUCGCUCCUGAACACCCUUUCCCGGUGGGAAUUGAGGACUGUGUCGAUGCUGUCCUGUGGUUGUGGGAUCAUGCAGAGCAAUAUAAUCUCGACCAAGCCCGCUUUGCACUUAGUGGAUCGAGUGCCGGUGGGAAUUUUGCCCUGGCAGUUCCAUUUCGACUGCGUGAAGAGCUUGAUAAGCGAGCAUCACAGUUUACGAACGGGCUAUCUCUUGCCGGUAUAGUGGGCUUCUACCCCAGCACGGACUGGACACGAGCCCGCGCGGAGAGAGACGCCACGAACCCGAUUGCAAAGCAGAAAUCUAUGAUUUCACCGUCUAUUUUCCGCUUCUUUGACCAGUCCUACCUCAUGCCUGAAGAUCUGCCAAAAUCCCUAGGGGAUGAUGGUAUAUACGCUGUCGACAUGGCCCACCCUUUUCUCUCCCCAGGACUGGCUCCUGCGUCUCUCCUGCUGGCUUCAUACCCACCCGCUGUGGCAAUCUAUACCUGCGGCUGGGACCAGCUGCUCGUUGAGGGGAAUACAUUCCGAAAUAGACUGGCCGGACUAGUGGCAGAGGGUCAGAUGAAGCAUGUAGGUGGGAUGGUGAUUGAGGAUAAGAUCCAUGCGUUUGAUAAGAAGCCUUCGUUUUGGGCGGGGAAUCCGAAGAGGGAUGUGAUGUAUGCGGAUGCGAUUCGAGAGUUGGGGAUGAUGUGGACAUAG